AUGGCUUUCUCCGAGGACACCAAGGACUCUUUGCUGACCCGCUACAUUGUUGUAUCGACCUGCAGGAGCGAAUCGUCAAGGCUGUCGACGUCUCCAAGACCUUGCUCCACUAUGGCUGGCUCAUCAGCCCUCUCGCAUAAAAAGGGUCGACAUCUCCAAUCGGCUCCUCCGAAAGCCGACCGGCUGCAAAGAACCCCUGCCCGUCGCUCCUGGGGCGGCACUGCAUCUCUGCCCCGUCCUGAUCUGCAGCCGAGCCCGCGCCGAGCAUUUAUACUCACGCUUCUGCCUCGUAGCUCCUUCGUCUCCUCCCACUUGGGCUUCCUCCUCGUCAGCCUCUAUCUCCUCCCCCUGAUCCACUUCCUCGGGCCAAAAGUAUUCUGUCAACUGUCGCUCACUUUCCUCACCAGCCUCAUCCUUGCCCAGAGGUUCAAAGGCAGGUGUCCGUCUGUCCACCUCCAAGGCGCCUUCUUACCGACCUACUGCCUCUCUUCACAAUCCCACAUCGUCAUGAGUCGGUUGAGCAGCCACGCAGCGCGACCCGGCCCGAAGCGCAGGCUAGGAGCUAGUCUUUCUGCGAAUCCCGCAUCGCAUACGUUAACGAGCUCUACUGGUCAGGCAGCCUCUCCAACACGCCCGUUUCCGAACAACAAUCCUACUUCAAGUGCAUUUCAUUCAAAUGCAGGACAUAGUCCGCAACGCUGGCCUACAAUCUUGCCUCAAGCUCAACAAGAAAGUCAGAACGAGUGGGCCGUAUCGGACGCCGCAGCCAAUCACAGAACCAUGGCGAUGGAGUCCAACGGGCCCAGAGGCGACAUCAGACAAUUCGAGUACGCCGCUUCACCGUCACGGCCUACUUCUAAUGGUCGCGAUCCAGGGCCGACAUCCCAGAUGUGGGCAGCUCGAGACGCUCCGAUUGUCUUGAGCUCGAGCCAAGUCGGAUCUCCUCACCCAGAGCAGGGAUUCUCACGCUCGCGACCCAACACUCAUACUGGAGAAGCAAGCCAGCGGCACCCGUCUCGCUCCAUAUCUCCCUUCGUUGCGCCUCCCAGGACAGCACCAGGCUCGAUGCCCAGGCCUCAUUCUUCUACCUCGCUCCCUACAAAGACGAUGACCACGCACGAUCCACUAGAGACGCACAUGCGCGCUUGGCUCACUCGCGUCGAGCAAUCCCAGUCCGAGGUCCUUGCUACCGUGCAACGACUCUCACAGGCUCAAGAGGUCUUGGCAUCGGAGCAAAGAGAGCUGGCAAAGAGCUGCUCGACUCUGAAGGAGUCUCAUGAGGAGUCGGCUCGUACAGCCACCAAUCAACUCGCUGAGCUUCAUCGUCAAUCUGAAGCAAAAACUGCAGAGCUGCUGCAGGAGGCCUUGCGGGAUCAUUCCGCAGACUAUGCGAAGCGGCAGGUCAAGACGAUUCACGACGUAUCCACACGCAUCGAGGAAGCCAUGUCUCGGACCCACGCCGUCACUCAGGCACAAUUGAACAACAUUCGUUCCUCGCUAGAGAGUGUUCAAUCCUUCUUUUCCGAAGAGAUGAACAAAGUCAGGGCUGAGCAGAGGGAGAUCGCCCGCCAGGAGCGACGAGCUUUUUACGCCGAGUUUGCGGACAUGCGGCAUCUCCUCGCCGAUUUGCAAACGAGGGCAAGUGGGGCUGUUGUCGCCGCAGCUCGCAGUACUUCUGGAGUCGUAUCACCAGCGACAAGGUCGGACACACCCGAAGAGUUCGAGACGGUCCGGCUGAUUGCGAACAAGAAGAACAAGGCAAAAGGCACGGAAUCGCAGUCGACCCGAGAGCGUGUCGUUACUCGGUCCAGGAGCGGCUCAACGCUAAGCCUUGGGCCUUGCGGUCAGGUCGUCAAUCCAGAGGCCCAACAACAUCGUCAAGAAACUCCGCAGACAGUGGCAGCGACUGCUUCUUCGCCAGUGCAGGAGCCUACACGUGCUCUCGAGAAUGAGGUGACGCUUGUCGACGAGCAUCGAUCUCGCCGAGAAUCUCCCCGCCCUUCUCGAACGGGCGACGAGGAUCCUCACAGCAAAGCGCAGAAGCGGAAGGAGCGACCCGGACAGAGAUAUGGCGGAGCUUCCAAGCGGCAGCGGCGUGCUGCUCAGGUCGAUGAGACGGAGCAAGGAGGCCCUUCGUCGCCCGCAGCUUCAUCCUCGCGCGAUGCACUCGCGUCCGUUGACAUCGUUCAGGAGCAAGAACCAGAGCAAGACGAGCUUCCGCCUUCGUCUCCUCCGCAGCCGUCUGCGCGAUCUCGAAAGAAGCGCUCGUCGAAAUCAAGCUCGAGCUCUAAGUCGGGCAUCACCCACUCGACUCCUUCGACCGCCGGACCCUUCCCUCUCCACCCCGUCUUCAAGCCCGCGUCGACGCGCCGACUCUCACAAUCGCCAUCGUCACCACUCGGCAACGCAUCAGAUCGAGCCUCCGUCUCGGACCUCCAAAGUCACCAUUACGAACCGACUUUUAUUGCUCUGACCAGGUGCACCAAAGCAACGGACGGACCCCUCUUGCCAUCGAUCGUCGGCAAGCUCUCCCGUCUCGGGUCCCUGCAAUAG